AUGACAACCCUCCUAGCCCCCUACGCCGCCGACCACGAAGACCCCAACGGUCCCGGCGAUGCUCGCCCAACAGCCCUCAAAAUCAUCCGCGACCAAAAGCUCGACGGCGCUCUGAUUGGCAAGACCUUCUUCGUGUCCGGCGGCACAAACGGAAUUGGCGUCGAGACUGCACGCGCCCUCCACGUUACGGGUGCAGAUGUGUAUAUCACAGGACAAACUCGUGAGAGAGGAACGGAAGUUGCAGAACACAUUGCCGGGGAUGGCAAGCCGGGAAAAGUAGUGUUUCUGGAAAUGAAUCUGGGUUCAUUAGAGAGUGUUAGAGGUGUAGCCAAAAAGUUUUUGGAGGUUAGUGGUGGGAAGGUUAAUGUCUUGAUCACGAAUGCUGGGAUAAGAGGCUACCCCAAGGACAAAACGCAAGACGGCUUUGAGCAGCACUUUGGUAUCAAUCACCUAGGCCACUUUGCGCUUUUCCAGCACCUCAAGGAUGCGCUCCUCGCUUCUUCGACACCAGAAUUCAACUCUAGAGUCGUCGUGCUCUCUGCGGCGGGUCAUCGACAAUCCAAAAUUCGGUUCGGUGAUUACAACUACGACAACAGACCCGACGAAUACAACCCCGGUCUCGCCUACGGCCACUCCAAAAUCGCAAAUAUCUACAUGGCCAACGAGAUCGAGCGCCGAUUCGCAGACCAGGGUCUACAUGCAACAGCCGUUAAUCCGGGACUGAUCCCGGGGACGGGGCUAAACAAAAAGAUACCACCAGAACAGGUAGCGCAGAUGUGGAAGAUGGCUGCGUUGAGGAGCCUGCUGAAAUCUGCGGAACAGGGGGCCGCGACGACGAUUUGGGCGGCUGUAGGAAAAGAGUGGGAAGGCACCGGCGGAAAGUUUUUGGAGAAUGUUCAGAUUAGUCCGCCUGCGGAUGAGAGUAAGGGACCGGUCAGUAUGGGGUACGCGGAGUAUGCGUAUGAUGUUGAUGCAGCCACGAAGUUGUGGGAGGAUAGUUUGGGGAUGGUUGGGUUGGAGUAG